AUGGCGUCGCCGUCAACAACCCCGAAGGCACCGUCGCCGCCACCGUCUGGACAUGGACCAAGCAAAAUGGAGAGGAGAAUGUCGCACUUCAAGGAAUACAAAUUCUUCAGAAGCUUCAGCGCCAAAGUAGAAAACUGGCCUAUGAGAAAGGCCGAGCAGCUGUGGAGGAAAAUGAGGGAGCGGAAAAUUGCAGGACCACCUAAAUACGUGUCGAGCCCUUAUUUC